AUGUGGUCGGGAGAGAGUAACUACCAGUACAGCAAUGAUCACUGCUUCAAACAUCCAUACUAUAACUUAUUCCUUCAACGACUGACCCCCGACUCUCCCGAAUCCAACCUUGUAGCGUCUUAUCUGAUGAAGCCCUUCCGCCUGUGCUCAUCUAUCCCGCGGCUACCCAUCACAUCCACGCACAUUGCGCGGACUAACCAACUACGGUCGAUUUCAAACACCAACCGCCAAAUGAGUUCUGAAAGAGAGGAUUCGAUUCCCCACGAGCUCCGCACAGCUGCAGAGCCCCGACAAAACAGACUCCAUACUGUGCGGCUAUCGCACAUCGAGCAGGUCAAUCCCUCCGUGCGAUUACUGCAGUUCGCUCUGCCCACCCAAGAGAAUAAUAACAACGCCCAGCAAUCAUUUAAUUUUCUUCCGGGCCAAUGGCUGGAUGUUCACAUCCCAUCCAUCGCCAAAGCGGGUGGAUUUACCAUCACGUCCACCCCAGCAGAUGCACAAGUACUGCCAUCACCCGAGGCAUCCACAGCUCCAGCUGAGGAACCCCUAGCCUCGUCAAUAAAUUUCCAAGGCAGGCCCCCGUACGUAGAAUUAGCCGUGCAAGAUUCGCCAGGAAAUCCGGCUGCCGCAUGGCUAUGGAGACCGAAAGAGGACAUCCUCGGUAAGGAACUGAGUAUCCGUGUAGGCGGGAGCUUUACCUGGCCGCCUACUGGGGUGGACAGUAAAGAUGUGAAAAAUGGUGUCUUUAUUGCUGGCGGUGUUGGUAUCAACCCACUAAUCUCGAUCAUCUCCCACCUAAACAAUAACGACCCAAACACAAUAUGUCCAUCUAAGAUUCAUAUCCUAUACUCAACAAGGUUACCAAAAGGCCACGAGAAUCUCUCGCUGGAAGAAAAGCUAGAGCAGAUUCUCUUUCUGCCUCGUCUACGCCAGAUCAUGAAGUCCCAGAUUCAGUCCCGGCGAACUGAAAUUCAUUUGGAUCUUUUUUUGACCGACCUUACUGCGGUAUCCGAUCAGUUUGGGCUUGAAGAAGCUGGUCUUUCGGUUCACACAGGGCGGAUCACUGAGACUUAUUUGCAUGAGGUAGCUGUGGGUGCAAGUGAGAGAAAUGAUUUGAGAGAUACGGUUUGCUAUGUCUGUGGACCGCCUGCUAUGACCGAUGCAAUGGUUGAUGUAUUGGGCAGGAUGCUUGGAGAGGGUGGGAAGAAGAGGAUAUUCUUUGAGAAGUGGUGGUGA